GGGGUAUACUCUAGCAAUAUACUGGGUACUGAGACUGUUACAAUUCGCUCGUUAUCAGUUUGUUUUCGGUAGUGUGUCAAUAUCAUAUUUCGCCAAAUGUCGUCGGUGGUGUGGAAUUGUUAUGCCUGACGGAGCUGAUAAGUCGAGAAGAAAUGAACUGUCAUUAAACGGAGGCAGUUUGUUCAAUAAAAUGCACGAAUAGGUGUCGCUCGUUACGCGACUGUGACUGUUGAUUUUUGGAGGACGAAUGUGGAACGUAACUUCUGUUGGUGGAUUCUAACAGGGAUUCGAUUUAUGUGAGCUAUAAGUUGGAGCUUUAUUCUGGGAGCAUAUGAAGGAAGCUGUCGACAGUCGGAGGAUAAUGAAGUGAUUUGUAUGUGAACUUUCCAUCUCUUGUCGGAAAAAAAGGUCACAACGAAACAACGCAUGUUGACGUUCGUGUCUUGACAUGUGUUUGGGUAUCAGUGCGACUUUGUGAUUGUGGUAGUAGUGGCACACCGGUUUGCGGGUGGUAAAUGGACGUGUGGUAGAAACGAUUUGGUGUCAAAGGAAAUUCAAUCAGCAGUGGGCGUCCCAUUGUCAGCGCGCGCGAGUGAUCCUGUGAAGUCCUAGUUAUUGCCACCUAGUGGACACUAGACCAAGCCAAUGAUGUGUUGAUUCCAGUGCAUCGUCGAGGCUCCGAGGAAUAUUGCCCGAUUUGCGAUCGCAAACGAAGUCAUCUAAGCUCUAUCAUGGAUUAAAUAACAACCAUUACAUCGUAAUUUUGAGCAAGGCACGAGUUUACGGGAAUGUAAAUUGUGUCGAAUGCUCUAGUGUGACAGUGUGUGUUGAAAUCCAGAAUUGAUUUUAAAUCUAAUGUCAAUAUUUUGAUUCGGAUGCCCACUACCCAGCUAAGUGGUGUGGAAAAUGAAAAUAAAAGCUGAUUGCUAAAGUUCGGUGGAGUUGGAUUAAAUACGGUGGAAGAAAAUUGCUUCGAUGAAAAGCUCGGUGUGUAAAUAUUAAAAUUAUGCUGCGGCAGGAGUAAUCCCCAUUUCCGAUGAUUGUUGUGUAGCGGAAAAUAGUGAUCACUACUGGUGCGUAUUGGUCAAUCGUGUAUAACAGCUGAAAUUGAAGAUUGGUGAGGCGAAUAACCGGCGAUUAUCAUCCGGGCAGGGUGGGAAAGCCGUUGCGCGUUCCGUGUAGUGUGGCAGUGUGUGUGUGGUUGACAAACAGAAAAUCCCACUCCGGUCCAAUACCUUUGGUCUAUGGUGGUUGGGAUGAAUGCGAGACACCAUCUUACAUCUUCGUUAUCCCAAAAUUUGGAUACCAAUUGUACCGAGUUUCCAGACGGAUUUGAGGAGACACUACAGCUACAGGAAUCGUCACCAACUCUAACUCUAAUAUCAUCAAAAGGUUCAGCGGAUUCGAAUUAUUCUCAACCAUCGUCCGAUCUGUCGCUAGACGAGGAAAAAGAAUCGCUUCGGCGAGAGAAGGAACGCCAGGCUUUAGGCCAGUUGGAAAAAGCGAGGGCUAAUGAUACUGGACCAUUCAAAUUUGAUUCUGAAAGUAAACCUGUUGCAUUUGCUGUGAGGACGAAUGUAUCAUACGAUGGCAGUUUGGAUGACGAUUCGCCUGUUCACGGCAGUGCCGUCUCAUUCGAAGUCGGCGAUUUUCUUCAUAUCAAGGAGAAAUAUGACAAUAACUGGUGGAUUGGGCGAUUGGUUAAAGAAGACUGCGAAGUGGGAUUCAUUCCCAGUCCCGUUAAGCUAGAACACAUACGAAUGCAGACAUCGGCGGCACGUUCAUCCAAGCUAUAUACAAGUAAGGGAUCAUCAUCUAGCGGUAAUUUAGGAGCAUCUGGAGUACCAGGUGCGGAACCAUCACGAGGUAGCACACCCCCAACACCUGGAGACGACAGCGAUUCGAUGGGUGCAUCGCGACACGGCAAAACUCCACUCGCCACGCCCCCCACCAAGGAGAAGCGGAAACCGUUCUUCAAGAAACAAGAAACAUCAUCACCAUAUGACGUAGUGCCAUCAAUGAGACCAGUCGUACUAGUGGGUCCAAGUUUAAAGGGUUACGAGGUGACCGAUAUGAUGCAGAAGGCGUUGUUUGAUUUUUUAAAACAUCGAUUUGAGUCAAGAAUAAUUAUAACCCGUGUUCAAGCUGAUAUAUCGUUAGCGAAGCGUUCACUGAUGAACAAUCCAUCGAAGCGAGCGAUCAUGGAGCGUUCCAACAGUAGGUCAUCUUGUUUAGCGGAAGUGCAGGCUGAAAUCGAGCGGAUAUUCGAGUUAGCGAGAACACUUCAAUUAGUUGUACUUGAUUGUGAUACAAUAAAUCAUCCGUCACAAUUAGCGAAAACAUCAUUAGCGCCAAUAAUAGUUUAUUUAAAAAUAGCUAGUAGUAAGGUAUUACAAAGAUUAAUCAAAUCACGUGGCAAAGCUCAGGCGAAAAAUUUAUCAGUACAAAUGGUAGCUGCUGAGAAAUUGGGCCAAUGUCCAUCGGAAAUGUUUGAUGUCGUCCUGGACGAGAACCAGCUCGAGGAAGCGUGCAAUCAUCUGGCCGAAUAUCUGGAGGCAUACUGGAGAGCCACACAUCCCCCCGUACGACCAACUCCUUCUUCUGUUCCUAGACCUCUGCCGUCCCAAGAAGCGUCACCGUCGGGCGAAGCGCCCGGCCGAAUGGGUCCUCCACCUCCGCCUGACUCUAGAGAUCGGUACGGAUAUAGAAGUGAACGAGGUGCAUCAUAUCAUCACAAUAGUAAUAGCAGUAGUAGUAGACGACCGGCCUCCAAUCGCCACGACAACCGGGACCGCGACCGUUUGGAUCGGAUCGAGCGUGACCGCGAGCGGGACCGGGAGCGGCUACACGCCCGCGAGCGAGACAUGCUGCACUACGACAUCAACGAUGACGAUCUGCUGAACGAGCGUAACUACGGCCCAGCGGAUUACGGCGGCGGCGGAGGUGGUGGCGGCGGUGGCGGCGGAGGUAUGAUACGAGGCGACAGCAGAGACAUUCGGGACUUGCGGGAACGGGACAGCCGGGGGGUGCACAUGGGCGGGGCAGUGAACGUAGGCGUGGCCAGCAGCAGUAGUAGUAGUAAUAGACACAAUCUCAACAGCGAAAUGUACGAUCACGACCGGGAGCUGAUAAGAGACGCGAGGGGGGAUCUGGUACGUGGGGGAGACCCACGGGUAGACGGACGCUAUCCGAUCGCACAGCCCCAGCAGCUGGUGGCGCCACCGUCGUCGCAGUCUGUCCGUCGAAGUGGGGGUGGUGUCGAAAGGACGGACGGACGGGACCGCGACGACUACAGUCCCCACCGGGGAGGCGGUAAUAAUAGAAGAGUAUUGAAUGCCAUGUAGGAAUCGUGGAUAUAGGAAUGGGAUCAGGAUGAUGAAUCUGUUGACGAGGAGAAGCUCGUUCCGGAUAGCGAGGAGGACGACGGCUUCGAGUACGACGAGUUCUACUAGAGUUCCCGAGCGCGGCUAGUUGAACUUGCAAUCUCAUGGUUAAUUCUAAACUCAUUAGGCUAUCGACUGAAGAAAAUAAAUUGCUAUCCAAACGAUUCGAAAAGAGGGAAAUUUAGUCUUGGCUCGGAACUAAACUCGUCUUCAGAGAAGAGGGACUUCAAACGAACGAACGUAGCGAAAACCAGAGAGAAACGAUGUAAAAUACUAGCAUUACGCAGAGAUACAGGCUAAUAGUGAACAACCACAUACACGAGAGAUAAAAAUGCACACCUUACACCACAACAAAAACAAACACACACAUAUUCAGACAAGUGGAUAAACCCUUCCCCCACAAAACAAAAGGAGAAGAGUUAAAUUCGAGAGUGAAAUCGCGUGAGCGUUCGCCGUCGUUCGUGAAUCAUCCUGAUCCAUUCCUAUUGCAUAAAUAAAAAUACUCAUUUCUAUAUAAUACCGCUUUCAUCAUUUUUGAACACUGUCCACUGUUGGUUCCAUUCUUUGUUUUUCUUUCAUUCUUCUAUUGUUUUUGUUUCUUUUGUGGUGCGAUACCCAAGUCUAUCGUUGUACGCUGUUAUCCUUCCUCUUGUUGGGAUAUUCCACCAAUCAACACGAAACCUUUUUAAUUUCAUAUUUUUGAUUUAGCUGAAACUCUGCGAACAUGUUCGGCACUAGGUACGAUGCCAUUUUACGGUACUAUUUUUUUAACCCGAUCAUGACUGAUUUUUUAAGAGGGCUUAUGCAAAUAAGGUAUCAUUUCAGAAAACGAACAAUUACGCCAAAACGGGUUAUUUGACCGAAAUGGUGUCUUAGGCAAAGUUAUAGAUUAUAACUUUCCGGUUCUGGUACACGCUAAAAAACAAUAUUUGUUUUUGACUGAAAAAAAAAGAAAGUUAAGUUUAAAAAUGGAAUAUCACACUAUAUUGUUUGAAAAUCUGUAUUUUCGACACAAUACAGCUGACACAAUUGAUUCUGGGCAAAUGAAAAACUAAUUUUACAGGACAUUUUAAAAUAUACGCGUUUUUUUCACAUUCGUAUAUGUUAAUCAAAAUCAUAACACUAUUCUAAAAAAAUUAUUCUAAAAUGAUAGCUGCUCUAAUUGUGUACCUAAAUUGUUUUCUAGUGACGGGGAGUCUGCACAACGCCGUAAAUAGCAAUUUGCAAUCUUGUUCACACAAAGUAGACUAUCUGUGUACAUUUCCAUGUAAUUGGAAAGGUUGAAUUUCUUCAAACUGUGUAAAAUUAGUUUUAUUUCUUCAUGUCUUGUAAACACGCAAGGUUUCUAAGGGUUCCAAGGGUUAGUGAAAAGCUUACACAGCUUAAGGCGAAGGCUUGUGAGAGAAGAAAAUCUCAUUUUCACUGCUGAAGGUUUCUCUUAAAGUCAUCAUUUCUUCAAACUUGUGUUUGAAGAAUUAAGGAACCUUUUCUGGAUUACUUGCCUUUAGGCAUCUUUUUGUACAGAUACAUAAUCUUUUUGGCCAGGCAUUGAACGGCUUAUAUCAUCAUCUUAUAUCAAUCCUCCAAUUGUUUGAUCACUCAAGGCCAUGCCAGAUUCGCGGGCUUUAGACGACUGACUUUUUCCGUUUAUUCCCUUAGCCUCUGUUGCAAUAUACAGUGUGGAAAAUUGAUUUUUUAUCCCUGUCACCGGGCAAGAUAAAAAACACACCAUUGAAUUUAUAAAAUUUAAAGCUAAACAAAAAAUACAAAACACUGAACAAAAAAUAAAAGCAAAACACUAAUAAUACGACGGAAUCCGCAACAGUUGAACCUGAAUACGCACCUGCAAAGAAAGAGUAAUUAGUUAUGCUAUAUUUCUGGAUAUUUAUUGUUACUUACCUUUUCAACACGGAACAAAACCUGAUACAGAUUAUUUGCACCUCUCGAAACACAACAGCACAACAAAACAACAUAUAGACAAUUAUAACAAUCACAAACAAUAAGAAACGAAUUGUCAAAAGACCAGGAACGGAUGGAAACGAAUCCGCUAUACAACGCGUGAUUGUAUUAUAGCGAACAUUCCAGACACAAUCCAAACAAACGCUAUUCGAAUGAAUAUGGGCCAAUCGUAUAAAUAGGGCACGAAGUGUCAACCAACCAACCAGCUUUGGCUAUAUUCGAUCUCAUCAUAUCUUAUCACUAAUCGGGUAGCCAGUCUACUCUAUAUUCAUCGCCUUUUCGGAACUCUGCUCAGAUACUAUCUGGGCGGGAACAAUCCCAUUUGUUUAUUUACGCUCAUUAGCAUCUUAGCUGUAACAGAGCCAAAUUUUAUUCGUGUGCAUAUCACAUGUCUCUCAUAUCUAUAAAUAGCACAUUACACAGUUGCCAUUUUUCGGUGUAAACGUAUUCCUUCUAUACCAUUGCAUAUGGUACAUUACACAGUGGUAGCCAUUUAGGCGUAAGAGUAUUCCUUCUAUACUUCCUUUGUUCAGACGGACAGCGAAGACAGUUGAUAUGAUCAUUAUUGUGUUAUUAAUAGAACAACAGCCCGAUGUUUCAUGUAGAGCAGAGCAGUUGUAUGAAUGAAUCGAGUUUCAUUCGACCAUGGAUCGAUCUCCAUCGCUGAUGAUUGUAGCGUGGACGUAGUUAUUCUAUAGAACACAAAGAUGGUCGAUGAGCAACCAAUGUGGCUACGAAGACCCCCGAAAAUUCGUUUGGACGCAGUGCCCUUUUUUAGUGCUUUAGUAAGUCAAUUUCUACAAUAAAUUGAUCCACAGCAAUUACACAGCCUUCAUAGUUUUUACACUAUUGCUUCCAAUUCUAAGUUCUUUUCUGACUGAAUAAAAAAUAAAAACAGGUUUUAACCCUUUCCCGUAUAACAUCGAGUCUCACUCGUGGUGUACCUGCAUAACACAGGGCGCUAGGACGCUCAGCAGAGUAGUGAAAUCAUUUGAUGUGUGACGUAUUAAAUAAUACGGGAAGGGUUUAAUAGAGGAAAUUCGUUUAAACGCACAUUAGCUUCCAUUGGUGAAAACAAACAUUUAGUUAACAUUUUUAGGAAAAAACAAUAGUCAAUAUUUAGUUUGCUUUCCGUUUUUGCGAAUAGUUUCAAAAAUUCUGUUCGGCAUGGGAUUAACGAGAUUUUCCAGCUUUGCAGCAGCGAUGGAUCUUCAGGGUUCUCUCGCAGCAGCUUCCACCGCUGUACUCCCGUCGUUCAAGAAUUCCUGAAAGGUUCUCAAUUGGAAUUUAGAUCUGAACUACGUGCUGGUCAGUCCAAGACCAUGAUGUCUCGCUCCGAAAACCAUUACAUUACAUCACAUCAUUUUGGCGAAAUUCAAUCGAACCUGAAUAUGUGCUGGAGAAAGAUUCGGUUUCUUGGGCUUUCUAGUGUACCUGAAGUAACCAGGUCCCGCAAUAUCUGUGUAAUGCGCUUAUUGGUAAUUGGUAAUCUCCGAUGCGUAGAACUUUCCAGUUCCGGCCAGCUCCAGAAUUCGAUUUUUUAUUUUGGUAUUCCGCUUAUUUUUCUUCUUAAGGUGAAGGUGGAAGCUAGCCACAAAUUGCUGCCACAAUGGCGCUCAUUUCUUUCAUCUCCCUCCCUCACCUCUCGACCGAAAAUCAAUAAUUUUGCGAAACAGUGUGAAGAAAAUGAUCGUUUUCGCACACUUCCCAUCAAGUAAUAUCAACCAAACUCUAAUCGAUUACUCACAAGAUAUUAAAUUUUCAUCUGCUUUCGCACCGUAUAGUGAAGAACGUCGGAAAACUCGAGCAAGUGCUCUGAAAGUUAAAUUUUCGUUUUUCAAUCUUUUGCAAUGGUUUUGUUUGUAUUGGUGGAAGCAUCGUUAUUUUUUCGACACUGAUGCCAAACAACAUCAUCGAAACAGCUAUAAAAACCACUCAAUAAAAUGUUAUUCCGGAGUCAUAGCGUCCCAUGUCAUGAAAAUCAAUAGAAUAAAAUUGUGUUGAUAUCAAUACAAUUAUUAUUUUUACGUUUAAUGGGUCUAUAAUGUAAGUUUUAGCAACUUCAACAUUGGGUAAGAAAAUUGUAUUGCAGAGCUCGGAACACUGCCACGGCUGCCUAUGCUUUCAAAAACAGUAAACGGAAAAGUAUUAAAUUCAAUCUAAAUGCCUCGGCCAACGAAGAGAAGGGUUAAGGCUUUCCAACGUGAAUAUGUGAAAACAAUACGAUCAACGAAGGAAAAUAUUAAGGAAUUAUCAACAUUGAGUUACUAUGCGGAAGAACUUGUUAAUACCAAAAGUGCCCCAAUUCGCAUGUGUUAUAAAUUUGCUCAUGUUACGCUCGCGUAUAAUCAGAAUCAUAUGCAAAUGCACCUUCUAUAUAUAUUUAUAUUUGCAAUUGUUCAUCGGAACAUAUCGUUCAUACAUUUUACUUUAGUAUUGAAUUGUUAUUUGUUUUUUUUUUUCAAAUGUAUUCAAAGACUCGUGUCAAUGAAGCGCCACACAGUCUGAUAAGUGAAUUGAUCUAUUUACGUGUGCUUUGCUCUUCUCUCACAAACACUAUUACCCCAUUUUUAAACGAGGGUUUACCUAUACUACUACAAUGGCUAGCUUCCACCUUCACCUUAACACCAUAUUUUUUUACCUUUCAUCAGCACAUUUAGAAUCGAUGUAUUGAAUCUGUGUACUCUCCUUCCUAUUUCCCGGUUACUCAUACCAGUUUUCUUCAGUUCACGAACAACUGUUCUGAUUCACUCAAAUUCUUUGUUUCGGCAUUUGUCACCUCAGAUCAACAAUAUUCCAGCACCAACAAAUGCGUUGCGUACUAACACAACAACAAAACUGAAAUGACAGAUUGCCUAAGUUUUUGGUGUCAUAGGUGCGCCUGUCGCUUUAAUUCAAUUGUGUAUACCGAAUACCUUUGCUUCAUAUUUUGUAUAACUUCAUCGAAUUCGUCAACUUCAUUAACUUCAUGCUUUAAUUGAAGGAAGAUUCUUUCUAACACCUUGGGUAACACUUCUUUUCGGAAUAAAGGCGAAAUUCAGGUUUGUUAAGUUUAGUUAAGUGGAUUCCUGAAAUGACUCCGUCGAUUAUUUCGAUGUCGGCUGUCUGCUGGAAGAACUUUUCGUUAUGAUAUAUAGGGAAAUGUAUUCUUUUGAAAAGAUUCUUUGUCAUAACAUACCAUGUCCCAUUGUCGGUUCAUGUGAGCUUUGGCAAAACUCAGACGUCUUUCGAAGUGAGAAGGUGUAAGAUUAGGAUCUUUAAUCUUAUAAGCCCUCUUUAUGUAAGGACUUUUCACCAAAAUUUGACGAAUUGCCUCCCGGAAAACAUUCAAAUUCAAAGAUUGCUUUAUUUGCAUAAGCGAUUUUAAGGUAUUCGAAGCUGUUCUAAGUAUUUCCAGCUAAUCCCGAUGUUUGAGUCGCCAAAUAAUUGAGCACUACUUGAUGGGAUUGUCCAAUCCGAUGAGCAAUUUCUCUGAUACCCACAUUUUGUUGGUGAAAUGUAUCGAUUUGUCCUAUUUCUCUUUCCGUGAGCAUUUUCCAAAUUUAUUGAUCAAAACAACUAAAACUACGGAAAAUGUAACUGGUGUUAUACAAAUUUGACACUUGAAAAAUACAAAAACUUUAGUUUACACUCACCACUUGCGCAGUGUAUGAUGGUUACCAAUAUCAAUACACUAGAAUAUAAAUUGAAACAUUGUUUGUUUACAAUGACACAAAACAGCAAAAUCAUCACCUGGUCUUAUAGGAGUUAGACAGAGCGUAAAAUGUUAAAAAAAAACCAAAAACAAAAGUGCAAAUUUUAAAAUGCCAUGAAAAAUUUAUUUUUGGUUUGCUCAGAAUCAAUUUUUUUCCAGUGCUUGGAGAGUAUAUGGGCAUUAAUAUGUAAAAAAUUUUGAUUUUUUAAAAAUGUUGUUUUUAGAUAUUCCAUUUCUAAACAUUAUUUUCUUUUUUUCGGUAAAAAACGUAAAAUUAUAAUCUAUUACUUUGUCUAAGGCACCAUUUCGAUCAAAUAACCCGUUUUGGAAUACUAUUUUAUUUUCUUAAAUGAUACAAUUUUUGCAUAAGUGGGCUUAUGAGGGCAUAAGAGGGCUUAUGCAAAAAUUGUGUUAUUUGUAGUGUUAAAAAAAUUAAAACGUAUUUUAAAAAACUAUUACCGUAAAAUGGCAUCGUACCUAGUGCCGAGCAAGUUGGCAAACUUUCAUCAGAAAUAUGAAUUUAAAAAGUUCUUCGAAAAUUCGUAUUAAUUGGUGGAAUUCCUCUGUUGCCUCCAUCCCGGUUGUAUUCGACGUUCAGUUCAGGUGUUUAUAUUAUGGUAACGAACAAUCUGCCAGUUAAUCAAUUGACCUAGAAGUUUAAAGGGAAGCUUCAAGUAAAGCGAAGUAGAAGUUUUUAAAAGACUGGUUGCACAAUGCUUAGUACUUAAACGAAUUAAAGUUCUACCCACUUUUAUCUUCCAUUUCACUUUCCCCCUAGACAGUAAGUUAGUUAAUCGAUCAGUUCGUUCGAUUUCAACUGGAAUUGAUUGAUAUUGUUAGUUGAGUUAACGGUCCGUAGCCUGUUUGCAGUCCUUUGAUCCAGCUUCUAUCCACCCCGCUAGUUGUUCUAAUCCGUUCAGUUGUUUAUCGUUAUUUUUCGUCUUUGGAUUUGAUCCGUUCGUUGAUUAGCAAUUGUUAGUUUUCGGCGCUAGUUUUAGUUUUGUUACUGAUGGACGUAAAAUGAUGAAGAAUAUUUAUAUAGAAAUAGACGUAAAGUAAAAACUAGUGGAUAAAUUUCUUGAGAUUCGAAUAUUCAAAUGAAAACAAACAAAAAAAAACAACGUAGAUAAGUAAGCAUGAACGUAAAGUUUCUUACAUCAGUUUUCGUAUUUAUUAGCAAACCAAGAACAUAAAUCCAUCAUGUUAACACUUUAUAGGAUUCCGCUAAUAAUUUUCUAGUUUAGCUGUUAAGGGAAUAUCAACUGAUAUUGAUUUUGUAUUUGAAAAGGGUUUUAUAUAAGUAAAAGAAGUCACGCCGAAUGUGGAUAAAGACAACCAAACCAUACUUUUGAUGUUCACUAUCAAGCUAGGGCAGUCAGCUUUUCACCAAGAAAAAAAACACCUGUAAACACACACACAGUGAAGAAGAGCAGACAUACUUAAUUUUUUAAAACGUGGAAAACCAAAGGAAGAGAACUCAACUUUUAAUUGUGCCAAAUCAAUAGGAGUAUUGUUAAAGAAAAUAGUCACACAAGAAAGGUAAAAGUUACGCCAAUAAGAAACGUUUCGUUGAAAGGUCCACUUCAGCGUGAUACAACACAAAAAAAAGAAAGAACUAUAUAGUUUUCAUUCUCCAGCCCGGUCACCAGCCGGUUGACCAGCUUGGAAAAGGGUACUUUUUUAUAGAUUACGUUAUCUUACCUAUCAACAAUUAACAGUUUCUCUCAAAACAAGCUCCAGCUGCAAAGAAAAAUGCAUAUAAAUAUAAAUAAUGAAAGCUUUAAAUUUAAAUUUAGGUAUCCAAAUAAAUAAUGACACGCAGAGACACACACACACAAAACCAAGAACGCUAACGAGUGAAAUUCGUACGGAUGAUAAAUUUUUGUAUAAAAAAAGAUAAUUAAAAGGAUGAUGGGUAACAUUGAGUAAAUUAUCAUCCGAUUAGUAAAUCCAGUUUUAUUCGUCAUUUUCUGCAGUGAUUCCAGCGUUUAACUUAAAAGAAAACAAAAAAAAUGAGAUAGAUACGAGCUUCAACUGUGGCAUUUCUGUUAAAAUUUUUGAAUCACAAAUGAAGAAAAAAGGAACAACACGGGAGUGAAUCACGAGGAUGAAAAACAGAGAAACAAACCAACACACAGAAGCUCAAUCAGAAUUCGACAUCAAUGAGAACGACUGAUGGUGUUGAAGCAACAACACUUUACAAUACCUGAUGUUAAGGUUUCGACUUUUGAACAUAGUCACGCUUGAAAAACGCGCUUACGCUGUUACGCACCUUGUUUAAGCCCGUUCAAUCUUUGAGAAAAUAAAAAAUCAGCCUUACCAAAAAUCACCCAGAAGUGUCGGGUGAGCGAGAAAAGAACUGUGUUCCAAUUUUUUUCAAUUUUCCCCUCCAUUCUCACGAGAGAACCCGCAAUGCUCCUUUCUUCCAUCAUCUCUGUGUAAUAACUCGCGCAUGAGCGAUGAGCAUCACACAUCCAUCCACACUUAUCCCAACCUCACUAACACUCUCCACCAAUCGAUACGAUCGCACACAUACACACAUCGUUAGCAACGCAGAAACGUACGUUAGAGAAAAAAAAUAUUGUUUUUCCGGAAUUGGAUGAAAGAAACAAGCAAAGAUGAGAAUUAUUCCAAACCUAAUGAAAAACUGAAAUUGUGAUUACGCCACUACUAUUAAAAACAAAAAGAAUACGAAGAAGAAGAGCCUACAGCAGGAAAUCCAAGUGAGAGUAAACAAGAAAAAAAAUACUGACAGUAAUGAGGAUAAACGAAACACUGUAAAAAGUAAACUGAGAGAACACACGUGACGAGUAAAACAAGAAGAGAGACAAAAAAAAACAUUGCUAUAUACCAAUUGCCUUGCACAGAUAUAAAUUUAUUGAGAUUAUUAAAACAAAACAAAGGAAAACAAACGAACGGGAGAGAUCGCCGACGGGAAGGAACGAUACUCGGACGGAAAGGCGAGCGACUGAUCUGACGGCACUUUCAGCCCCAAUCUCUGUCCUGUAUCGUUCUCUGCAUGCUUCCCGGCGGGUUAAACUUUUUUUCAUUUAUUAAAUCGAUCAACACUAGAUAAAAAAUAUAAAGAAUAAAAACAGUGAGCAGACGGUUUUGGAGGAGGUGCGGAAGAGAACAGCUGUAAUGUUAAGACAAUGUAAAGAUUAAAUAAAAGAAAAAUCUAGUUAAAUAUAACAAGUGACGAAGGAUUUAUAAUCAGUAGAAUCUGUAAAUAUUCCAUUUAAGUAAAAAAAAAUCAAAAACGAGAAAGUGAAAAAGGGGUCGAGUGUCGGUGACAACUAAUUGAGAUUCCAAAUACUCUUCGCUACUGCGUUUACACACACACGGUUAUUUUUGUUGUUAACAAUCAUCCAGACAAACGACAGGACUAGAACAUUCAUUUUCUUGAUCUCGAUUUCCAUAAUUUUCUUUCUAAAACGGGCACUCUCCAAUGAACGGAAAUCCAUUUUUACCAAAUGUUACCAAAAUCUUCAAUGUUUCAAAAUAGAAUUAAAAUGGUACCAAACAUCCUAACACCCUAGAUAUUCAAAAAAGCGAUUUUUUUUCUACAUGUUUCUAAAAUCUAGCAAUUCCAAAAUAUUUCCCUGAAAGGAGUUUUCGAAACUCUUAUUUACAGAGCUAUAGCCAUUUUAGUGACGCGAUACCUUAUCUAAUACGCCCUUUCAAAACUUUCAACGUUUUUUCUUCGAAACUAUUUUUUCCAAAAUGGUUUACUCGAUAUUUCAAGUUCUACUGAACCGAUUUGUUCACAAUUUGGUGUGAACAUUCUCUAUACAUCUCUUUAUCGACCAAUAAUUUGUUUUUUUUUCAAUUUCACUAUUCCUAAAGAAUUGAAAUCGUCAUUAAAAAUAUUCCAGAAGUUUUAUUUCUAUGCCGCAAUUUUGUCUAAAUACAAAUUUUUUAUCUGUCCCAGGUUCAUACGAUAGCGAUGUCUUUACGGAUUAUGAAUCUUUUGGUUUUUUUUGUUUCGUAUAACCAGAAAGGUAAUCGUGUACACCAAUCAUGGUGUGAUGACUCACUGAACUGGUACCUUGAUCGAUCGGAAAAAUCCCUCUCACUAAAAUCAAUAUCAGGAUAAUAGUCGGAUAGGGUGUGUCUCGGGUAAAGGGUGUUAACAUAUUGCGGACUGCUCACGAGAUUUCUCCACGUGUUUUCUAUACUUGAUGGUUAAAUCCUUGGUUUGCCAAGAAUCUAACAAGACCUACCGAUGGCUCGCCUUCGUCUCAUCCACACCGAAGGAAACGAUCUCAUUCGUGGAAUCCGAACAAAUGAAGCGUUCAAGUUUGCCCUAAGACGUGUGGUUCCUAAUGUGUUAAGAGGUGUCCUCGUUGUGCUUGACAUAUCGGUCGUCUAGGGAGAUAGUGGAUUUGAGCUUAAUGUUCUUUCGAUUUCCUAUUCCUGCCAUCCUAAGUCACGUAUUUCCGAUUGUUUUCUAUAACGUUUUCUAUAAGGUGAAGAUCACCUAAUGCAGAAAAGAAAGACUUAGUCCUACGCAGUCCAGAUCGUACGGAAGUUCGUUCACGACUUCCUGCUUAGAUUCAAACUACCCAUUCAUCAUACUAAUUUGCAUAUACCUGAACAAGCACUGGUCUAUUGGGCUAAGAUCGGACUAGUACGAAGGAAUGCUCUAGGACCUGAAAACCUAAUUUCUGAGCCUUCGCUACUGUCUCUCGAGCUCUAUACGUACAUUAUCGUGCAACAGAGAAUUGGUUUCCUAACAACUGAGGUACUGGAUCUGCCUCACUUCUUGGCCACUAUGCUAAGCUGAUGCAGGUACCGAUGGCGAACUGACUCGCAUGUAACCAGUGUUGGAAAAAAUCAUGUUCGCUAAGAACAAAUGCAUAGAUUUUCGGGUUAGGUUGCAUCGAAAACCUAUAUAUUCCAAAAGAAAAUUUAAAUGACAGAUCCAGGCAACCAUUGAAUAUGAGCAAAUGAACUUUUGUCCUUCAAUAUGUUUUAAUGUUUAUUUUUUCCACCCAGUGUCAUUUUCAUCUUGAUUAUCGGAAACGUCAGAACUGAAUUUCAUUUCAGCCAAAUGAAUAUCAGCUGUUGUUAACUUCUAACCUGAGGCUGCUGUGUGCGGUUGGGUUUUGCAGUUGCCGGAUGCCGUAAUCGAGAAUACCUUAUGAAAUUCCCGAUGUCGCAAAUGACUUGGCGGUAGCUAAAACCACUCGUUGUAUCCAUUCUGCAUAUGCCGUUGCUACCGUCUCGCCAAGUAAAAUUUAUUUUGAACUUAAAUUCACUGCCAGAACGAAUAUCGUUUCAGAUGUGAUGAAUAUCAAUUUGUUGCUUUUGAUAUCCAAAGUAUAAAUAACAGCGAAGUUAUGAACCCCACUCAAUGUCGCAUUCAUUCAUUAUAGCAAAUUUGCUCAUGCAACAGCGAUAUGAACAAAAUGAACUCGUUUGUUAUUGUCAUCAAUAUAAUGAGGGCAGUGUGUUUCAAGCUGAAAAAAAGUCAUUUACACUGGAAUAAAAUCAUAUUCGUUUCUCGUAAAUAUUUGUUAAUAUUCUAAGACACUGCAUGUAACUAAUAACUACCCAUGGAUAACGCCAUGUUUAGCAGACAGCAAUUUUUCACGCUCACUUCUCACCAGCACUUUUUUUUUCUCUAUUAUAGUGGCUUUCAACACAUUUUGGCUGGUUCGUCACUUUUACUUCCAUUUUUGGAAGAAUGUCGGGAGUGAGAAUUGAACUCGUGAUCUCUGCGUGAGAGGUAUGGAUGUUACCACUACGCCAGAUCGCCUCCUCUCACCAGCACAUGUUCAGACAAUUCCACACGUUUUAUGAUUAUGCUCGAUUUCGUCUAGCCAAAAACCUCGUUGACAUGUAACUCCUAUCUAGUUAGAAUCUAGAAUAUCACUGGCUGCGUAUUGACACCUGGCCCAGAACAAUUGCGGAUCAAAGAGACGGCUUCCUUCACCUAUGACCCAGGACAAAGUGAUAUCGAAUCACUAUCCUUAAUUCAUUUCUGGUCAAACCAGGUUGCAGAUCUGUAGUCAAAUGCUCGAUCUGGACUUGCGGUUCAAAAAUUCUCCAAUCUAGCCGCUCUAUGCGACAACAUGUACGACCAUACGAAGCAAUCCAAGGGGUUUAGAUCUGGUGAAUUGCGAGGCUAUUUAUCUUCGGUCAAGACAAAUAACUUUUCAUCCGAAAAGACUUGUUCAGCGAGCCGUGAUAGUAGGAGAGUUGUCCUUUCAAACCGUUUCUUCUUCGAAGCUUCCGAAGCUCCAAAGUUUGACAUCCCAGAUCAUGUUUGAACGCAUUGUGCAUUGUCUGUUUCGAAUUAUUGAUAUCAGCGGUCGUUUUACGUAUACAGCGUGAAUAUUCACGAGAUUUUCGUCGAAUUCGCUCCCUGACGAUCUUAACCACUCACUCAGCCCUUGCUGAACGUAUUCUGCCGAAUCUUUUCAACGGUCAUUCAACGAUAUUAGACACGAUUUAACACUAGAUUGCCCAAGUAGGUCAUUUUCACUGCUUUUCAAUUUCAAUUAGGAAAGCUGUUAUGUAUAUAACGGCACAGUUUCUUAGAAUGUUGUGACUUUUUACACAACAUAUAACAGUGUUUAUUGAUAAUUGAAGUUAUCUCCCCCCUUCUUCAUUUCCGGAGAUUUAUAUUUGUUAUACCUAUAUAGCCCAAAAGCAGUCAUUUUGACUGCUUGAGGAAUUUCAAAUAAUAAAAUGACUUUUAUUACUGAAUUCAGUAAAUUUCGUAUAUGACCAGUUUCGGCAUUGUAUUGGAAGGCAGUUUUCAUUUUUUUUUCGAUUACCGUCACAUGAUAACAUACAAGUACAUGAUAAAUUGUCACUUUGGGCGUAUUAAUAAGUUCUAAAGUAGUAAUUGUUAUUCGAAUUUUUGUGCAGUAAUACUUGGUCAAACAAGUUAUUUUUUAAAUUUCUUUUGAGGCCUAAGUGCAGGAAGUAAAUGUUGAAUACAAAUGAGUUAUUGGAAAAGUAAACGAACAUAAGUGAAGAGUGCUUCCAUGUACCAUGAAUCAGAUGCAAUAAAUUUUGAACUAUCGUGUGGAGAUGAGGCAGAUUUUAUUCAAAGUGAAACAUUUGAUACUGAAGAUAACGAUGAGGAGUCAAUCACCAAUGAUUAUGGGAGAUGGUCUUAUCUCGUUGAUGAUAGAUAACAAUAUUAUCAAGCAUAUAAAAAACGCACAAAUGUAGACUGCUGAUUUUUGAGAAAUGAUUGAACAACGGAAUUAUCGGAAAUAUGUGCAUUUAUAUGUAAUUUUAUAUGCUUGUGAAGAUUUGAGAAUAUUGAGAAUAGUCCAGCUUGCUAUCAACUAGGGCAAAAUGUUACAGUUGACGAGCAAUUAUUUUCGACAAAAACCACAUGCAGAUUUUCACAGUAUAUGCCUAAUAAACUCAAUAAACUUGGCAUACAAUUGGAAUGAAUGUUUUGAAUGGUUUUUCUUAUAUGGGGAAAUAUCAUCAAUGCUUCUCAGUGAACACGUUGUUCUGAAACUUGUCAAGCCAUUUACAAGAUGUUCAAGAAAUAUUACGACCAAUUUUCCCUAGCAUGUCACUCGCAGCAAAAUUAUCGACAAAAAAAAACAAUUCUGGUAGGAACCAUUGGAGGAAACAAAAGGGAACUAUCCAAAUAAGCUUAUCAAACGGAAGAUAACAUGCCUCGUUUUUCAACUCUGUUAUGUAAAUCACAGAAUUGUGUUCUUACAGUAUAUAAAAGCGCACUAAACAAAAGAGUAGCUGUCCUAAAUUCUAAGCAUGAAUAUGUGAAAAUUUAUAAAAGUAAUGAAAAACACAUGAAAAGAUUUCCACCUUCAUUUUCGAAAAAAAUACAUAAAUGGUCCAAAUUUUUUUUUUUUUAAUUAAAUAAUUUAUUUAUUGUUCAUAUUCACCAGUAACUUGCUAUGUAAAUGAUAAAAAAAAAUUUGAAAAUAAAUUUCUUUACACAUCAUAUAUACUUUUACAAAACAGUCAUUUUGACUGCUUUUAGGCAAUAUAGGUAUAUACUAAGUUUCGGUCUUUCUAGUGAAACUUUCUAAACGUGAAACCGGAAUUUACAAAUUGAUAGUUAUAUGUACUAAUGUAUAACAUUAUGUAUAUCGAUCGUCAUUUUGGUACUUACGUAUUAGCGUCACCGGAGCUCAAAUUCAAUAGAUAGCAAUUUUAUUGUUCACACGGGAACUCAAUCAUCUUUUGUGUUGUCUUUUGUGCUUCCAUGUUUCAAACUGACCGAUUGCCCGGUCAGUUUGAAACAUGGAAGACGCUUCAUUAGGAGCGUGCGGAAUAAAGAUCUUCAAUGCUUACAAGGCGUUUUUGGGCCAUGGCUCAUACAUGGCAUUCCAAAAUAUUUUUUUGACACGUGGGUUAUAUAUAUAUAUAUAUAUAUAUAUAUAUAUAUAUAUAUAUAUAUAUAUAUAUAUAUAUAUAUAUAUAUAUAUAUAUAUAUAUAUAUAUAUAUAUAUAUAUAUAUAUAUAUAUAUAUAUAUAUAUAUAUAUAUAUAUAUAUAUAGAUGAACGGCACAAGAAAGAAUCACACUCAUUGAAGGACAUACCUUACAUUCCCUCGUGAGAGUCCGAGUUUUUGAUCCUCUUAUUGACAGUUUAACUGUUAACUUGAGAAGAAUUUCCAAUUUUUUAACACAUGGGUUCCAUUUUUGCAUAGAGUGACCGAUAAGAGAAAUAUUCACACUAAAUAAAAGUUAGCAUUGGGGCGAACCUUACAUAUUUUCAUAGCACCCAUCGGUUAUUCGUAUCGCCGACGAAAAAACAGAGGUUUUUAGCAUAACUAAGUUUAUAACCCAAAGAUAGUCCUGAAGACCUCAAUUGGAUUCAAUUGCUGAGUGUUUCAUAGUUGGUAGCAGAUGUCUGUUCUAUAGCCCCUGAUCGUUGUCGGCCACAGGUACCGUUUCUUGUUAAACAGAUCGGAUUCCGAGUCAUGCAACUAGGCAACUCUUUUCAUGAACUUUAAGGGUUCACUAUUUGGUUUGUAGAUUUGCAUUUCAUCUGAUUUGCUGCUUCAAAGCAUUUAACUUGAUAAAAGAACGCUAUCUUCUAACCCUACUGUAGAUUUUUGUGGAACUUGUAGCGUUAGUCGAAGAAAGUGAGUUUCCCCUUUUUCAUUUGAACUGGAUGCUCGCAAAAAUUGGAACAACCAGAACUCUUAUCUCUUAUAGAUCUGCAAUAAUUCUCAUGGAUAGUCAAUGAACAUGUUUGCUUUGAAGACACAUUGAAUUGUUAUGACUGGAUGAUGUGCUCGUGUAAACGCAGUUCGCACUGAAUUUUACAGCCAAUACAGCCCAAAUAUCUCUCGUUCAGGAACUGUCAAGUCAACGGAAUUCGUUUAAUUGUUUGCUUAUCUAGGCGGCAAAAUUGAACACUUCAAAUCUACACAGACCAUACACGCGUACCUCCAUCCUACAUACACAAUCCUUUAGUUAGAAUAAACACACGAAAAAAAUAACCAAUUGUCUAACUGUAUGACAGUGGAAAGAGCGAUCAUUUCUAAAGAGAAUUAAGUCAACAAAUAUACGUUCGAAGACACUCACUGAACAUACCAAAUAACACACUCACUCACAUAUUACUCAAACAUUAAACAAACAAGAAAAACGAGAAGUGAUUACAGUUUAUCUAGCGUUUUAAAUUACAUACCGAGAGUUUAAGCAUACGCCGGAUCAGGUGGAAGAGAACAAAACCAAAUCUUAGUCUUCGUUAAUCUCAAUUUGUAACAGAAAAAUAACACAUGUUAAAUCGGUUGAACGGAGAAAAUACAAAACACAAAAUAAGUUUACGAACAUAUAGCUAGUUUUGAUCUUUGAACUUUGGAAAGUGAACAACCUAAACCAAACAGCAGGGAGUGUUAUGGCGAAAGUAAUAGAAAACAAAAUUAGAACACUUCUGCCCUUGUACAGGCUUGUACAGAAAAUUCAACACAUUCGACUCUCAAGACCAACAUCAAAAACCUCGAGCAAUUCGUUUAACCCUUUUCUGUUCAUCAAAAACGAAAAUCUUUCGACAUCCGUUACUGUUAUCGAUAUUUUCCCUGUGCUAACAACGGUGCAGAAAUCUCCCGGCUACGCGGUUAAGCUAAAAUGUUUUACAAGCAAACUCUACGCGCCAUCGGAACGAUGGAAGUUAUCGUUAUACCCGUUUACCCAAAGUAAAUUCUAACUGGAUGAUGUGUAUUUACACUUGAAGAACAAUCAUCAGCCACAAAACAAAACAAAAUAAAAAGAUGAAAAGAGCACUAGCCGCGGAUAGUGGUUGUUUUCUCAUUGAAAAAAAAAACAUUUUCCAUACAGAACAAAACACAGGGAGAAAGAAGGUGGCAUGUAAAAAAAUACGCAGCAGAAUGAUGCUCUCGCAAAAACCACGAAGAAAAUUCUAACGAGAUCUUGAAAUGAGAGAA